UGAGCGCAUGCUCGGAAAGCUCACAGGCAGCCAUAGUUCCCGACAGUUAUUGUUCGUCCGAAGGGGCACGAUUGAUACCUCCUGAAUGGCAGAUCACCAGUCAGCUCUUUUGCUACGAAAACAAUUGAAUGAACUGAAGAAAAAUCCGGUGGAAGGUUUCUCCGCUGGUUUGGUAGAUGACAAUGACAUCUAUAAGUGGGAAGUUCUCAUCAUUGGGCCUCCAGACACACUGUAUGAGGGUGGAUUCUUCAAAGCACACUUGCACUUUCCGAAAGAGUAUCCUUUACGUCCUCCGAAGAUGAAGUUUGUCACGGAAAUAUGGCACCCCAACAUUGAGAAGAACGGCGAUGUGUGCAUCUCCAUUCUGCAUGAGCCCGGGGACGACAAGUAUGGCUAUGAGAAGGCCUCGGAACGUUGGCUGCCUGUCCACACUGUAGAAACCAUUCUCAUAUCAGUGAUAUCCAUGUUGGCUGACCCAAACGACGAAUCCCCAGCAAAUGUAGAUGCAGCUAAAGAAUGGCGAGAAAAUUACUCAGAGUUCAAGCGGAAAGUGGCUCGUUGUGUUAGGAAAAGUCAAGAGGAGGUCUAGAGAAAGCCUUUGCUGUAGUAUAAUUUUUG